CAACACCUCAAAUAAAAAACAAAGAAUCGAACGUUUCGUUGGUUUCGUUUAGGAAGUAGUAAUUUAGUAUAAAGAUUUCACUUUUUACCAGAAAGAUAGUAGUUGAAAAAAGUUGAGUAACAAUGAAGUUAAUCUUAUCAAAGAAUUAAAAACUUAUACAAACUUAAGUGAAAAAAUAUUGUUUUAGGCCUGCAACAAGCCACAACAGCCCAUUCUUCAUUCUUCUCCAGGCGGGGAAGAAGUAACAUUUAUCCCAAAGUGUCCAACAGGGAAUAAUAAUGCAUAUGCCAUGGCAAUUUUCUUGAAAAAAAUUUGGAUUUAAAAUGUUAGUUACUUAAAAGCCAUGUAAGGAAGUGUGAGUGAUACUUGGGCUUGACCUUGAAUCGAUGUAGUAAAUUUCAACAGUUUCAGAAUUAUUUCUUUACCUUAUUAUUUUAUCACAUCUCGUUUUUGGCAUUGGGGAGGCCCAAAAGACAGGAAUAGUGUAAAAAAUAAGUAAGAUAAGUAGCAAGAAUGGCCGGCUUGAGAGAAAAAAACGUUCAUUUGUGGAGGCAAUUACAUUGUAGGCUACUGCAACCGAAACUGUAAGAGUAGAAUUUAUAGAAUGAAAUUUGGGAUCGCUAGUCGCUACCUCCAUCAAGUUCAGGCGAGUUCAGGCAUGGUCAAGGUCAGUAAUAUUUUGUCACGGUGUUUGCUAUUGGAUGACACCGUGCAAAGAGCUUACCUUCAUAUUCAGUUCACGUUCGUCCCGUCCAAUCGUCCAUUAACCCUUAUUAACGUCUCCCCGCGUCUCCUUUGCGGCCUGAUCAAAGAAGAGAAAGCUGAUGGCGAAACAGACGUAUGGCCGUUUAAACUAGGAAAAAUGAGGAUGCCACUGCUGCUAGUCAGACCAAAGGUUACUUAUAGGGGACCGAAUUUUUUCUAAAGUAAAUCGAAUUUCACAGAUCAAAACUUGAAUUCAGCAACCAUGUCUUCCACCAACAUGAUUAUUUCUCUCGUCUCUGUCUCUACUGUUGUCAUCUUCGCGGGUCUCUUCGCCAGUUGGUGCGUUCGCACAAUACGCACAUUGAUAAAAUCUCCAUCCAAAUCGGAGCUGAAACUGCAAGGAUUACCAGUACAACCGACCCGCAAAGAUGGCCAACCCGAGUCGAUGAGAUUCCAACGUCGAAUCCAAUCCACAAUGGCGGCGUUCAUAGAAAACGGAAUGGACGACGAAGUGGCACCUCUUGUCGUCUCUCGUUUGGAAUGGUGCAACCAAAUCAACCGCUACCUGGACAUGUUGAAGAAUACGCCAGAGUCAAUCGAGAGUGUGGCGAAUGGCAUCGAGGUCCUGAUGAAUUACCACCAACUCCAUCGAUCGGAAGCGGAACAAGACCUCGUCGAUGCCAUUUUCAGCAGAGCUUUGAAAAACGGAAACAUUUCUCACCUUUACGCCAAACUGUUGAAGCGACUUAGGAGCGGUGACCAGAAAGGCUGGACACAGAACAUCGUCC